AUGACGCUGGUGGCUGAUGAAAUUGUAAAAUGUCACCCGAGGCAAGGUAACACACCUGAACGUCCCCAGCAGGCCUUAAGUGGUCAAGGGGUGCCAAGAAUCCCUGGGAAGUAUGCAAUAGCGGAGGGAUGUUGCAGAAAAAUUCAGAAUGGCCCCUCUAUGGUACUUAGACUUGGAACGCUCAAUGUUGGAUCACUGACUGGCCGCAUCAUGGAAAUCGCAGAAAUGCUCGAGCGUAGAAGGAUUGACAUCUGCUGCCUUCAGGGAACCCGAUGGAAAUCGAAUGGUGUCUGUCAUGUCAACUCAGACAAAAAAAAAAUAUAA